UUUAUUCUGUUUUAUUUUUAUUUUUAAAUUAGGUUUUAAAAAAUGUCAAAUUAAGACAUCUACAUAAUAAUCCACUUUUCCACUUAUGUCUGGUUUCAGUCGAAACAAAGAAAAGGAACACAUGAAUCCAAUAACUAACAAGUAGCUAGCAACUCAGCACAACUCGAAGACUUUUGCUUUUUGCUCCAAAAACCAUGUUGAUCGGUCAAUCUCUGUAUUAGAUUAGAUCACAUGGGUAUGAUAAUAGAAAGCAUAUAUGUGAGAAAAAAGGUUUUGUUUUUAUUGUUUGUAGUCCAAAUAAGUUCAAGAGAUAAACAGUAAAUGCAAGAGAAAUGGCAAGCUGUGCCGUCCAAGGAGGCUGCCCCAGUGAUUACAUUGCUAUUUCUAUAGCUAUCCUCUCCGUAAUUUUGCUUCUUUCACGGUCAAUUUUUCCCUUUUUGGUCCACAAGGUUCCACGUAUUAAUGGCAGUGGAUUCUGGAUUCCAGUGAUUCAAGUUUUUGGUAGCUUCUGCUUUUUGUUAUCAAUUAUGAUGUCUGCCAAUGUUUUGAAAUUCAGAGAGAGGCACUGGUGGCAAUCAUGCUAUGUUUGGGCAGUCUGGUUUGAAGGUCCACUUGGUUUUGGUUUGCUGCUGAGCUGUCGCAUAGCACAGGCUUUCCAACUGUAUCACAUAUUUGUCAAGAGGCGAUUACCACCAAUUAGAUCUUAUAUUUUUCUUCCAGUAAUUCUCUUACCAUGGAUUGCUGGGGCUGCUUUUAUCCACGUCAAGAAGCCGCUGAAUGCCCGGUGCCACAUGGAAACUCAUUGGAUCAUUCCUGUUAUAUGCCUUCAUGCAUCCUUUAUUGCUGCUCUGGUUGGAUUUACAGCAGCAAUUCGACAUAUAGAGUUCAGGUUUGAUGAACUCAAAGACCUGUGGAAGGGGAUACUUGUUUCAGCGUCAUCUAUUGGACUAUGGGUUGCUGCUUAUAUUUUGAAUGAAGUUCAUGAUGAUGUCUCAUGGCUUCAAGUCCUUUCCCGGUUUUUGCUUUUAGUUACAGCAAGUAUUCUUGUGCUGGCUUUCUUCUCUAUAUCCAGUUCAGAACCUCUGCUUUCUCAAAUCAGCCUGAGAAAAAGGGAACCUCUAGAAUUUGAAACGAUGGGUCAGGCUCUGGGUAUACCUGACAGUGGAGUGCUACUGCAAAGAGACCCAGCACCAGUGGUAGAUCCUAAUGAGCCACUGGACAAGCUCCUUCAGGAUAAAAGAUUCCGCCAGUCUUUUAUGGCAUUUGCAGACAGCUGUUUGGCUGGGGAAAAUGUUCAUUUCUAUAACGAAGUGCAUGAACGUGGCAAAAUUCCUCUAGAUGACACUGUAAGAAGGAUCUAUAUGGCACGGCAUAUUAUUGAGAAAUAUAUAGUUGCAGGUGCAGCAAUGGAAGUGAACAUAUCUCAUCGAACUCGAGAAGAAAUAUUAAAUACUGCCAAUUUAGCACACCCCGACCUCUUUAAUAAGGCAAUAAAUGAGUUACUGCAGCUGAUGAAAACGAAUUUGGCAAAAGAUUAUUGGUCAUCUAUGUUUUUCAUCAAAUUCAAAGAAGAAGCCAGUCUGAGAUCCCAUAGCCAUGACCCGGAGCAGAUGGCAGUUUGGAACUUCUCUCCUAGACUUAGUUCUGUGCAUGGCCUGGAUGAUCCAUUCCACCAAGAACCUCAUGUAAAGGGCUCUGGUUGCACUGGUCAUGAUUUAGAUGCGAGAUGCCAAGAGUUGUGAAUAUCGUGCUGUUUUUACUGCAAAUUUGAUUCAGAAACAUGGGAGCGUAGCACAUCAGGUAUAACGAAUAAACGCUCAACAUACAGAUUCGGAAUGAUGCAAAUUGCCGAAUGUGGAUUACCGAAUUUCUCCCACAUUUGGAAAACAUUGAAUUACAGAAAUAGUAGAUGCAUCAGAGUAAUCCUAUUUCUCCCUUUCCCCUACCAUUUCUGUAAUUCAAUGUUUUCCAAAUGUGGGCCAAUAAAGUGUCUAACAGUGAAGGUAACAGCAGCAUGUAUACUUGGGAGGGUUUAUUUUAUUUCAACUUUGUACGGUGAGGGAUCAUGGAGUAGGACAUAGUCAUUCUGGAUUAGAUAAUUAUGAUGUAAAUUGCCGAACCAGUUUGUCUCCUGGCCCAUUGUCAAUGUCCUUCUGGUUUUCAGGGACUGUGUCAUGUGGUCCUGAGCUGAGGGAGUGAAAUGCUGAAAGAUGGAUGGUUUAAUACGUUUCUAUUCCUUUCUCAGCUGCACGAAAAGUACGAUAGCAAGGGAAAUGCAGAGACAGAUUAGUAACUCCAUAAGCGGUGACCAUAAGGCAAGUCAAGAGAAUUUAUUGGUCCAUACGGACAAGGGCUAAUGCAUGCCUCUGAUAGAGAUAAUCACGAGCUACUGCCGCAUGAGAAUCAUCUGUUUAGGUUCCACGUCCUCUGAUAGAGGUAAUCACGGACAAGGGUUAAUUCGGUAGUAUUGUGCGGCCAUUCAACUUCCACGCCCUCAUAUAUCUUUACCAUAUAUUAGGCUCUUAAUUGUCAAUCGAAUGCUUACUUUAUAAUAUAAUCUAGUGAUCAAUGUUUGUCUUAUAAUAUUAUGUAUUAUAUUAUGUUA